ACCAGCAUAUUUGGAACAAGUUGCAAAAUGAACGAUAUUGGUGUCCGAUUUCGCGGGCUUCUACAGCGACCGUAUGAGCCAACGAUAGUGCCCAAGUCUAACGGUCAGGUGUACUUCGAUAUGCCCGAUAGUUUCUUAACCGAACACUAUCGUCCGUUUGGACCCACGUUGCAGAACCGUUACAACACCAACGCCCCGACACGAAUUUCUUUGUCGAACAUCACGCCGGAACCCAACCUGGCAUUCGCGGAUCCGGUCAGUCGGCGGGGGGCGUUUUCUGUGUUUCAGCCAACGCACCAGCAGGCGGCAGCGAGCCUUAUCGAGCUGUUCCUGAACCAAGCGAACCCGGAAACGCUCAGUGCUAUGGCCGCCUAUACGCGCGAUCGGGUCAAUGGCCCGCUGUUCCAGUAUUCACUCUCCGUAGCCCUCAUGCAUCGUCCCGAUACGCGGAGCGUAGAGAUUCCCAACUUUCUGGAACUCUUCCCCGACCGGUACGUGAGUCCGACGGUGUUGCCUCAGCUACGGGAGGAAGGAAACUUGGUCGACCAGGACAGCAGGCGAGCGGUGGAAAUUCCGAUGAAUUUCACGGCCUCCGACCGGGUCGACGAGCAACGGCUGGGCUACUGGAGGGAAGAUAUCGGCGUCAACCUUCACCAUUGGCACUGGCACCUGGUCUACCCUGCGCGUGGCCCAGAUCGUAUCGUGCGAAAGGAUCGACGAGGAGAGCUGUUUUACUACAUGCACCAGCAGACGAUGGCUCGCUACACCGCCGAGCGGUUCGCUAACGGUUUGGGGCGCGUACGGCCGUUCAAUAACUUCCGAGAACGGAUCCCAGAGGGAUACUUUCCUAAGAUUACGCGCAGCUCUGAUGGGAGGUCUUACCCUUCGCGUCAUCCGAACGAAAUUGUUAGCGACUUGAAUCGCGUUGAAGAUGGCGUCGUGGUUUCAAUAGCGGACAUGGAAACCUGGACGGCCAGGAUAUUUGAAGCCAUCAACAGUGGUUUCGCUCAAUCGGCCAACGGUCAGCGUGUUCCGUUGGACAACCAAGCUGGAAUCGAUUUGCUGGGAAACAUGGUCGAAGCGAGUACGUUGUCGGUCAAUCCGCAGCACUACGGGGACCUGCACAACAACGGACACAACAUGUUGGGCUACAUACACGAUCCGGACAACUCUUUUCUGGAAGGGUUCGGGGUGGUAGGCGAUAAUACGACCGCGAUGCGUGAUCCGGUGUUUUACCGUUGGCAUCAACACAUCGAUAACAUUUUCGUGACACACAAGCAGCGGUUCAGCCCAUACGGCAGCAAGGAGCUUCUGUACGCUGACGUGUCCGUCGACGACUUCGCUAUUGAGCUAAACAAAGCCAACGCUCCGCCGAACAUUCUGCUCACUUUCUGGCAAAGGUCGCAAGUAAACCUGGGCACAGGACUCGACUUUGGUCCGGCUGGCAAUUUGUUCGCCACCUUCACCCAUCUUCAGCAUGCCCCGUUUUCCUACAAGAUCAAGGCCACGAACCGAGCUAACGCAACGCGCCGAGGAACCGUACGCAUUUUCGUGGGUCCCAAGACGGACGAGCUGGGCAACACUAUUGCGUUCCCUGACCAGCGGCGUCUGAUGAUUGAAUUGGACAAGUUUACGGUGUCGUUGAACGCAGGGCUCAACACGAUCAUCCGACGUUCCGAUCAAUCGAGUGUCACUAUUUCUUACGAGCGAACCUUUACGAAUGUGGCCGCGUCAGCUCUAACUCGCAACGACGCGAUACAAUUUUGUAACUGCGGUUGGCCUUCCCAUUUGCUGCUUCCCAAAGGAGGGCCAGGUGGUAUAGAGUAUGAGUUUUUCGUCAUGAUUUCCGACUACAGUCAGGACCGCGUUGAGGACUUCGAUGAAUCGGUGAACUGCAACGAUUCCCACUCUUUCUGUGGUUUACGCGAUCGCCGCUAUCCGGAUGCCCGGAACAUGGGCUACCCGUUCGAUCGUUUCACUGCCCCCACCGUGGGAACUCUGGCACAGUUCAUAAAGCCAUACGGAAACAUGCGCACAACGCCGGUGAAAAUACGCUUUACGAAUACGGUGAUCGCGCGUGUCUGAACAUGCUGAAUAAAACCGGAAAAGGACGUUAGUUGUUUUGGGUCUGGUGGGACUGAAAAGAUUAAAUUUGAGCUGAAAGAGUUUCAUGGAUUUUUCGAUUGAUUUUUAUACCUUGAGAA